CCACUACGCCCCGUGGAUCUGCUGUCUUAUCAACGAAACCUACUUGUCGAGACAUAAGACUUCGAAGUCAACUUUGUUUGAGGCCGAACUAAAUGGCCGUUCUUACGAUUGCCUCAAGGGCAAAUGGUGCCCUUGUCCUUCCUGCGAUGCUUGCAGCAUCACACAUCAAGCAGAGCAACCCUCAUGAUGGAUUUGUGCUUGAGUGCAAAGAUGUGGAGUCACCAGGAAAGGGGAACGAGAAAGUGAUACUUACAACGAACAAUGGCGAUGCCAUCGUUCAUGGAUCCGUCUUGCUAUACUUGCUAGACAAAAGCGUACUUCCUAGAGGAGUAAAUAGAAAUGAGGUCGAUGAAUGGCUGCAUCGUUCUGCGGAUUUUGCAGUUCCCAACUUCAAAUCCUUGGAACAACCCAUGAAGGAGUUGGAAUCGCACCUCGCAUUACGUUCUUACGUUGUUGGCUACUCACUGACCUUGGCCGACCUUGCUGUCUGGGGUGCUCUUCGUGGGAACAGAGUGGCUACCAACCGUCGAAACUACGUCAAUAUAAGCCGUUGGUUCGAGUUCAUCGAAGUCACUAAUCCUUGGAUUGUGGCUGUCGUUGCAGAUCUCAGCAAUGCUGCGCGACAGAAAAAGGCUGCAGCGAGUGCAGCCGGUGGAAGCUAUAAUAUUGGCCUGAGAAACACCGAAAACGGGAUCGUUACUAGGUUUCCCCCAGAGCCCUCCGGGUAUCUUCACAUUGGUCAUGCGAAGGCAGCUUUGCUAAAUGACUAUUUCGCCCACGAAUACCUCGGUGCUGAGUCACGCGGUGUCCUUAUCUGUCGAUUUGACGAUACUAACCCCACCCGCGAAUCUGCGGAGUUCCAGGAUUCAAUCGUGGAAGAUUUGGCAUUACUUGGAAUCCAACCUGAUCGAAUCUCCUAUUCCAGCGACUAUUUCCAGCAGAUGUAUGAAGGUUGUGUGAAGCUUAUUCGCCUUGGCAAGGCAUAUGCAGACAACACACCGAAGGAAGUUAUGGGGGAGCAAAGGGGAAAAGGAAUUCCCAGUGCAUGCCGGGAUAUGAGCGUUGAGGAUAGCCUUGCCCAGUUUGAAAAGAUGAAGGCUGGUUCGGCCAUGGAAUGGUGCAUUCGUGCUAAGAUCUCCGUUGAUAACCCAGUGAAAUGUCUGCGUGACCCAGUCAUUUAUCGCUGCAAUCUCCAGCCUCACCACCGAACUGGAACAACUUGGAAGAUCUAUCCGACAUAUGAUUUCUGUGCUCCCUUUCUUGAUUCUCUUGAGGGAGUCACGCAUGCUCUCCGGACCAAUGAGUAUCGGGACCGGAAUCCACAAUAUGCCUGGAUCCAGGAGGCUCUUGGCAUUCGUCCCGUGGAUAUUUGGGAUUUCUCGCGCCUCAACUUCGUCCGAACUGUGCUUUCAAAGCGAAAGCUUACCGUCUUAGUUGAUAAGGGUGUUGUCUGGGGAUGGGACGAUCCUCGAAUGCCCACUGUUCGUGGUAUACGGCGUAGGGGAAUGACAGUCCCCGCACUUCGAGAGUUCAUCUUGAAACAAGGGCCGAGUCAAAACGUGAUCAAUCUUGAUUGGACUUCGUUCUGGGCUACCAAUAAAAAGUACAUUGAUCCGAUUGCCCCCCGAUACACAGCUAUUCCCAAGCACAAUGCCGUUAUAGCAACUGUCAAUGGGAUUGAUGAGACCAGCUCUUUGGAUAAGCCAAAGCACAACAAAAAUGCCGCCUUGGGUACGAAAAAGGUCUUCUUUUCUAAAGAGAUCCUCCUAAGCCAGGAAGAUGCUACAUCAUUCAAAGUGACUGAGGAAAUCACACUCAUGAACUGGGGGAAUGCGAUCAUUACAAACAUUUCAAGAGAUGAAUCUGGAAUUGUAUUGGGAUUGACAUUAAACCUUCACCUCGAAGGCGACUUCAAGAAGACGGAGAAGAAGGUGACUUGGCUGGCAAAAGAAACAGUCAAUAUGAUUCCUGUCGAUCUGGUCGACUUUGACUACUUAAUCAGCAAGGAUAAGCUUGAGAAAGAGGAUGACCUCUUUUCAUUCGUUACGCCAAAGACUGAAUUUCGGACCAAAGCCUGGGCCGACUGCAAUGUUGCGAACCUUGCUAAAGAUAGCAUCAUUCAGUUUGACCGCAUCGGUUACUUUCGGGUCGACCAAGGAUAUCAGGAAGGUAAACCAGCUGUUCUUUUCAACAUCCCGACUGGGAAAGGCGUUUGAAUACAGUGAUUCACCGCACGGUAUUAUUCCAGAUGCAGUUAUUUGUUUUUCCUAUCUUUAUACUUGGCCUCUCUCGGUACCAAAAUGUUAGAAAGCCUU